AUGGAAGACUGUAGAAAAUAGCUCGAGGAAGAAGCUGAUAUUAAAUCUUAGUUAUAACAUCAAAGUGAAGAAUUAAACAAGGAAAUUGAAUUUCUAAAGUAAUAAUUAAUGGAUAGAGAAGCAUUCUAAUAGAAUAAGAGCGAUAUGAAUUAAGGAUCUAAGUAAUACUUUGAGACUAUAGUGUUUUAAAAUAAUCACAUGCAACUAGAAGUUAAGAAGUUGGCUGAUUAAUUCAAGGAGUUUAUGAAUGGUGGAGGCUGUAAUGGUUUAAAAAUAAACAAUAAGAGGAAAGAAUUAUAGCUAAAUGAAGAGAGAUUUUAUGUUGAUCAAAAUUAAUUGAGAUAAAUGAGUAAAUUGAUAACUAAGCUAGAUAAAAAUACUUACUUAGGAUAAAUAGUAAAUGAAAAAUUUGAUAAUAAACUUGAAAGACUAAUCAAUGAGCAAGAGUACGGUUAAAUUUUAAUGAGUUCAAUGAAGAUUAUUGCUAAACUUGCAAAGGGUUUGGAUGAUUAGGUCCAAACUUAGGGGUAUAAUAGCCAAGAAAGUGCUACUAAAAAUAAAAUUUUAAAUGAAACUAAACUAGAUGAUUAAUAUUCUUACUAUAUGAAUUUGCUAUAAGAUUCAAGUGAGAAACCGCGUAAAUUAAACUUAAGACCACGUUAGUAUGUUGAAACUCCAAAUUUUGAGAAUGAUUAGACAUUGAGAAGACCAAGUAUGAUUAAAUCAGCUGAGAAAAAAGCCAAUUUAUCAAAUAGUAAAACUAAAAGAUACAAUAAGCAUUGUCUUGAUUGUUACGAUUAUAUGUUACCAAAAGAUGUUUCUUAAUCUCCUAAUUAAAGCUAAAAUAGAAUGGGAUCUUCGUAGAAAAAGAAAAAAGUUACUUAUCAGAGUGACUUUGAAGAAUAAUCCCAGAAUGAAAAUAGACCUUUAAAGCCCAAUAUCAACAUAAAUAAUAAAGUAGUAAACAGCAACUUGCAAGUUUAAAUGUCAAAGGCUAUGAAAAAUAAAUAAAAUUCCAUCAAUAAUCGUCCAUCUCAAACCAAUUCAGUUAAGUAAUCAUUUAUUUAAAUAGAAGAAAAUCAGUCUGAUACAUUUUCUAGAGAAAUACAAAAAUCAAGUUCAAGGAACAAAUCAAAUAGCAGGAGUAACACCAUUGACUAGGAUCAAAUAAAGCAUACUCAAUCAAGCAUUAGAAAAUCAAGAUAAAGCCCAAUAAAUAACAAUAGUAAUGCUAUCAACAAUAAAUAGAUCACUCAUUCUACUAUUGGAAACAAUGACAGCUUAGUAAGACAGGCUAUUCCAUAAAAGAGAUCUCCAUCACAGAAAGAGAUGAAAAGCAAUAUAUCUCCAAAUAAGAUGUACAAGAUUGAUAUGGAAAACUUGAUGUUCAAGGAUGAGUUUGAGGGUAAAAAUGACAAUACUAUGAAGCCAGUCUAUUCCUAUCAGCAAUAGCAAAGGACUUAGAUCUCAAACAAUAAGACCUCGAUAUUGAUUAUUUAUUUGAAGGUUGCUAAAUUUUUAUAUUAAAUAUAUUAAACUCAAAUGGGAGCCUACAAGUAUCUUGAAGAGAUGUGGAGAAAGAAGCAAUCUGAUGUCCUUAGAUUCGUUCUCAGAAUGAGAUCAUGGGAAUACAGACAACUCCCCGUCAUCCACAAGUGCCACAGACCAAGCAGAGUCGAUAAGGCAAGAAAGCUCGGUUACAAGGCCAAGCAAGGAUACGUGAUCUACAGAAUCAGAAUCAGAAGAGGAGGUAGAAAGAAGCCAGUCUCAAAGGGUAUUGUCUACGGAAAGCCAGUCAACCAAGGUAUCAACCAACUUAAGCCAACCAGAUCCCACAGAGCUAUUGCUGAGGAGAGAGUCGGAAGAAGAUGCAGAAACCUCAGAGUCCUCAACUCCUACUGGGUUGGUCAAGACGGAACCUUCAAGUUCUACGAGAUCAUCCUUGUUGACCCCAACCACAAGGCCAUCAGAAGAGACGCCAGAAUUAACUGGAUCGCUUCAACCAAGCAAAAGCACAGAGAAAACAGAGGUAUCACUUCUGCUGGUAAGAGACACAGAGGUCUCCACAAGAGAGGUGUCAAGACUACUGGUAUCAGACCAUCAGUCAAGCAAUCAUGGCAAAGAAGAAACCAAAUCUCUCUCAGAAGAUACAGAUGA